UGUAACGAGUUUGAAUGUAAUAGAAAGUUAGAUUUGGAGUUAAAUUUCCGGGACUGGACCAGUAUAGUGCUGCUGGCUGUAUGGCUACUUGCACUAGGCUAUCUGCAGAUAAAAUCAAGAAUGCCCUUCCAUUACUACUAGAAUCUUUACUUCAUUAAUACAGUUCUUACUGCAUUCUUGCAACAGUCCGUGACUGAACGUAGUUGAUAGAUCUCAAAACGGUGAGCCAUUAAUUUCCAACGGCUAAUCGAAGCCAAAUAAUUCCUAAAAAUGGCCCACAAAAUACACCCAACUCCGUCGGUGGUCUCACAUGAAGCUUAAAUUCCCCACUGUGCAACGUCUACCAUUCUUAUCAAAGAACUACCACUCUUCUCUUCCCCUUAGGGCAGUAAAUGGAUGCAUUGUGGAGUUUGGAGGACAAAUGGAAGCUGUCAACACAGAAGGCCAUUGCGUUGUUUGCAUGCACUUCCUUCCUAGUGAUAGGUCUAUGCGUGGCAGUCGCAUUGAAGAGAAGGAGAAAAGGAAGUGUGCAUCAAGAACCAUGCAAGGAGGCGGCAGCUCAGAGGGUGGGGUUGGCUGAGCCACUCGUCUACCCGGGGUGGCGCUCAGUGAUCAUGAAAGUCUUGAUGGGGUCAGCACGGUGGAGCCGGCAGAGUAAGUGGGAGGAGAGCUUGAGGGGUAGUUGGAGGGAAACGCCAAGGCCUUUGCUGGUGAAGAGGGAUGUUGGAGGAGCGGAUGCUGGCCGGCAGAGCCAUAAUUCAACUUCGGCAGUCUGGCAAAGGCCUAUUCUGAUGGGUGAGAAGUGUGAGCUACCAAGAUUUAGUGGGCUCAUUCUGUAUGACCAGAGAGGCAUGCCAGUUCAUCAGUGUGAAGAAGGGAUUGUGCAUGAGCAGGAGAAGCCACCAGCAGUGGUGAGAACUACACUGAGGGACUUGCUGUGAUCACCUUCUUGCCACCGGAAUUUGCAUAUUUCUUCUGGUUUGCCUCGAGGAGCUCAGAGUUUUGCCUCUAAAGUCAUGUAAAACUAUGUCGACAGUGUGAUUAUCUAUACAUAAAAUGCAAGAAUUUAUCUUGGUAUUUCUGCAUUAUUACAUUUCUGAAGUAACCAAAAUCAUUAAUAGAUGAAACAUCAAGACAGAGGAAGUUCGUUUGUCGAAUAAUACAAUGUAAGCUCUCCACAAACUAGAAGACGGUCUUCACAACCUAAGUACAAGUGAUGUCUUCUAGUUUUUGGGUGAGCAUAUACAUAUUGCAACUUACACUCGUAACACCACUUUAUAUCUUCAUGUAACCUUUACCAAUCACAUUGCUAAAUCACUUAAACAUACAACGAAAAUUUUGAAAAGAACAGUGACAGGACCACCAAAACCUUCUAAUCAUGUUAACCGGAUGCAUU